AGAGGCCAGACAGCUGGAACUUUUCUGCGCACCAAGUCCAGCCUCCUUUGAAGCAUGAGUUCCCAGCAGCAGAAGCAGCUCUGCACCCCAACCCUGCAGCCUCAGCAGCAGCAGGUGAAACAGCCCUGCCAGCAUCCACCCCAGGAACCAUGUGCUCCCAAAACCAAGGAGCCCUGUCACCCCAAGUUUCAUGAGCCCUGCCACUCCAAAGUUCCAGACCCCUACCACCCCAAGGUUCCUGAGCCCUGCCACCCCAAGUUUCCAGAGCCGUGUCCCGCAAUGAUCGUUCCAGCACCAGCUCAUCAGAAGACCAAGCAGAAGUAAUGCGGUCCACAGCCAUGCCCUUGAGGAACCAAGCACUGGAUGCUGACUCCCAUCUCCCAUUCUGCUUAUGUGUCCCACUUACAAUUAGCAUGCUGCCACCCCGAGUCACAGUCCUUUCCCAUGUGCACUCUAAAAACAUGUGCUAUUUCUUUUCCUCCUGCAACAUUGUGAGCCUCUGAAUUAGGCUCAGGUUGUUAGAAUUAGCUCAGUUUCAGCUGCUUAGGAUUCAUCUGAAGUGUGACCAAAGGUGAA